UUCAAUCUUUUUCAUCAACGAACCAUGGCUGAUGGUAAUCAUGAAAUAAGAUCGACAUUCCGAAGAUCUUUUUUGAAUUUUGUUUACAGCUGAACAUUUUGUUGCAAUUAUUAAACAAACAAUUUCCCAUGAAAGCAUUCUCGUAACAUUUUAUAGAGUUGAAAAAUUUUCUGUACAGUCCACAUAAAAAAUGGAAUUUUCGAAUGUAUCUCCUGAUUUAUGGUUUAAAACUUUUAUGAUUUGCAUAUUUUCUAGGAUUUUUUACAUUCUUUAAGCUGUACCAUUUUGAAAGAAAAAUUGUUCACGAUUGAAAUUUCCAACGUUUAUAAUCAGUCCACACGAGUGACUCAUUGUUCAAACUAGAAUUAAGAGAAUCAUUUUUUCCAGUAAAACGACCGGAAAAAAUGAUUCUCUUAGUUCUAGUUUGAACAGUGCGUCACUCGUGUGUACUUUUGUACUUUUUUCGACCGUUUCCUGGUCGUACAAUCCGCUAGGAUUUUGAGAGGGAGAAUUUCCUCAGAGUUAGAAAAGUUCCGAGUGAAUUAUCAGUCGAUCUAAAGACGUAUUUAAGAUUUUUACGAGUCUAAAAAAAAAAAAAAAAUAGGAAUGAAAGAAAUGGAAACUCUCCGUCUUGAAACUAAAAAUUGAUAUUUUAAUGAUUUAUAAAGGUUUUCAAAUUUUCCUUGAAGUUUUAAUGGACCACAAUUUUUAGGCAGGAAAAUCAAAAGAAAACCGAGCUGCCCUUAAUAUUUUUUUUUUAUUGUUUUGAAUUUUUUGGAAUCCGCUGUGAGAGUGGCAUAACAAAACAAUAUCAAAAAUGCCCGCCGUGUGUACUUAUGACUUUUUGUUCCCGUAGAUAAACUGCGAGAGUUUCGUUAUUUCUUUCGCAGCAGUCGAUAAUACACAUUUUAUAUACGUAUAUAUAGUAAUUUUAUUCAUGCGUCAUGAAAUCGCAUGCGCAGCGCUGCUUCUCUUGUGGUGCACCGUGCUUACUCUUGCCGGGAGACAGUGACGUUCCAAGAUGUCGGAGUGCCACGGUUUAGUGUACGUGCUGAAACGAAAACAAAAACAUUGCAUUUUCAUUAUGGGAGGUUAUGUUUCUUGGUAUAUGCACCCUUCCCCAUUCGUCUAGUGUGCACACCACGUUGACACCACGAAUAAAGGAUUAUUUAAAUAAUUGAAUCCUCAUUCCUAGUUCCGAAAGCCUCGUGCACUAUCUUCAUAACCGUAUAAAUGCAUGAACUAAAUUAACAAUCACGUUUCCUUAAAGAUUAACACAGUGUCGAGGAAGGAAUAAAAAAAAUACAUCCUGAAAAACCGGAAGUGCUCACGCGACAGCCUCAAAGUUCCUAGUGUAAAUAUGAAAUAAUCGACAAGCUAUUUAACAAACAAGCCGCAGAGUAGCUUCGAAUAUAAAAAACUGGAACGCUAAAAAAUUAUUGAAAACUGCGUAAUUGUGAUAUGAAACAAUUUUCAAGAUUCCCGGAGUAAUAUUUUCGGGGAAUGGACUUUUAUUUGCGAUUUGCAAAAGGUCGGUUGAAUGUUUCGUGGAAAUUGAGGAGCUAAAUGGAUAAACAUUUAUGCAAUUGUAUCGACCUCAAGUUGUUUACCCUGUCAAUUAAUCAUGUGGUUGGUAUUAAAGCAAAAAAUGUCAUUGAAUAUUUAACAAUGAACAAAUUCACACGUGUAACCAUCAGUUGAUGACGCAAAUAUUGCGAAUACUCCAGUGGAAAAUGGUUACGAAAAAUUGGAGGUGAUACUGACUAACGGUGGGUGGAAGUUUACUGGGGUGAAAUAGUAGCUUUUGUUUUUUGUAGGUUAAAAAUAUUUAUUUUAAGACAAACGCCGAUGUAUUUACGUUAUUCCGCAUUUGUCAAUUCAUUUCAGCGGCCUUUGAGCGCGUUUUGUUGUUAUCCGUACAACAUUAUUACCAAUGAGUAUAAACACAGGAGGAACGCGCGACAAGAGAAUAUAUUUUGCACAUGGAAUGUAAUAAAUCGAUUAGCGCCCUCUGUCCAAAUAUUGUGCCUUGAAGGGCUAGAGGGGGUUUUCGCGUCUGUAUAUAAUAUAUACAUUUACGUAUAUAUAGAUAAAGGUAGUUGGGGGUUUGUUGUUGUCGCGUAUGCGCAGAAGCGCGCGGGCUCUUGUUGAGCGUGGCGCCGUCCCUGCGGCACACGGAACUGUAUGGUGGUAUAUAAUCAGGAGUAUAACGCUUACGGAGCUCAGUGCAUGUCAUGCUUUGGUGGUGCGCGGUGCUGUGAUGGCGGCUAGAGUGCGGUUGAAGAUGCAAUGCGGCACAGUGUCGUUGAUGCCGUUUGUUGUUGUUUUUGUUGUUGUUGUUGUUCUGUGCGGUGCGGACGUUGUUAGUGCUAUGUUCGAGCAUCGGCAAUGCAAUCAUCAGCAUCCACAAGCCCAUGAGGUCGUCCACGGCGUUCAUAUUGAGCCAGCACACGUGAUGAAAAAACGAAGCAUCAGUCAACCGCUGAGGAUUCUGCUGUCGUACGACGAGAGCGUCUACCGUUUGGACGCCGAGAAAUUCGAGCUUAUCAACAAUACGGUACUACCUGAGGCUGUACACUUCUGGGAACGAGCAUUGAUGGUACGCCAGACUCAGAACACCAUUAGACUGAAUAGGAAAUGCGAGAGCAGCCAAGUCUUUGUAAAGGAUCAUCACACGCACUGUAUCGACACUUGUAGAUCGACAACGAUGUGCGGCGAAGUCGUAGUGCCUGAUGCUCAUCUCGAUGUGUGUCGAACAUGCAACGCGACUGGACACAAAUGCGGGGUCGCGGAGGGCAGCGUCGCCGGGGAAGGAAUCAACGAAGCAGAUUUUGUUUUUUACGUGUCAGCAAUGCAAACUGAGAGAUGUCAUAAAGGAUUGACAGUAGCGUAUGCCGCUCAUUGUCAACAGGAAGCAGCGCUGGAUCGGCCAAUCGCCGGUCACGCAAACCUGUGCCCUGGUAGCAUCAGCACGAAGCCCCAAGAACUCGAGACUCUCCUGAGUACCGUGAAACACGAGAUUCUCCACGCCUUGGGUUUCUCCGUCAGUCUCUAUGCAUUCUACCGGGACGAGAACGGAGAGCCGAGAACAGCGAGACGUAGCGAGACUGGAAAACCACCCCUCAAUGAAAAAUUGCAAACUCAUCAGUGGAGUGAGAGUACGAUAAGAACCGUGACGAGACCCCAGUGGCAAGUACACGGAGGCUCGGUCGCAAGAUCGAUGCAAAUGAUAGUUACGCCGAGAGUCCAGAAUGAAGUACGAGCACACUUCAACUGUCCCUAUCUGGAAGGUGCUGAGCUCGAGGAUCAAGGGGAAGAUGGCACGGCCUUGACUCACUGGGAAAAACGAGUCUUUGAGAACGAGGCAAUGACCGGAACCCACACUCAGAAUCCUGUUUACUCGAGGAUAACUUUGGCAUUGAUGGAAGACACAGGAUGGUACAGAGCCAAUUAUUCAAUGGCCCAAGAACUCGGCUGGGGUCGUCAUUUGGGCUGCGAUUUCGCUAUGAAAUCGUGCAAGGAAUGGAUAUCAACAAAAUCUUCACGAUUAUCCGGCAAAUCAAUACAUCCUUUUUGCAACAAAGUGAAGCAAGAUCCUUUACAAACAGAGUGCACUGACGAUCGGAGUUCUGUAGCAUUAUGUAACCUAGUUGAACAUCCUUCGCCUUUACCAAAAAAAUAUCAGAAUUUCGAUUCGAUACCUCACGUUGCUCCGGGUCAUGAACAAUAUUAUGGUGGAUCAGUAUCCCUCGCUGAUUAUUGCCCCUACAUUCAAGAAUUUACGUGGCGUGCCAAGAACAUAGUUGUCCGAGGCUCUCACUGUUUGUACGAAGAAAAUAAUCCCCAUCCGGAAAAAAAUUUUGCUCUCGAAAAAUAUGGAGCUCGCUCGAGAUGCUUCGAUCAUACUAACCAAAUGUGGGAAGAGAGGACAUGCAAACAGGCACGGCAAUGGCAACAUUGGGGCUCCGGCUGUUAUCAGUACAAAUGCGAAGCUGGCAGGCUCCACAUUAUGGUCGCGAAUUAUACGUACACUUGUUAUCACGCUGGGCAAGAAAUAGCGAUACGAGUAAUGCAGAACGAGUGGCUCCACAAAGGAGCUCUGAUUUGCCCGCCUUGCAAGGACAUUUGCCAGGCGGAGCUUCAGGCUCAGGGUGAGAGAUGUAAGCCUGGAGACGAACAUCCACCUGCGACUUAUUACCAUCGGGACAAUCUGGACUGUGGAGCUGCUAAUCAACCCGCCUCGAGUAUAUUUGCUGUAACAGCAUCGAUAGUGCUCCUCGUUCUCAGAUGAUCUGCCGACUGAGUGUAGCUAAUUUUUUAGUGCUGUAUAUUUUCUGAGUAUCGAAAGGAAAAAAAACAAAGGAACAUGAAGAAACACACAUAUUAACACGAAGAGAAAGGUUUCGAAGGAAAGCUUCAUUGGAGCUGGAAAUACGUCGAGUUUUCAAUAAACGAUUAUAUAUAGAACGUUUGAGGUUAAAUAGUAUUGAAUCUGAAAUUCAGUUCAGGGCGUCAUAUCGAGAGUGAAAGUGUUUAAUACAGUUUUUAAUCGAGUCUUCUUUCAAAUGCUCUUCGGGACUGAACGACUGAAGUUAGAGAGCAUCCAUCAGGAUCUUCUUUGCAUGGAAUUUUAACGUCUCAAAAAUUGGUGCUAUACAUUUUCGGGUAAUUUUGCAAAAGUGGAGCACCACCUUAAAACGACUUCAAUUUUUUUUAUAAUGCAUCUUAAGAAUCGCUAAUGAUGCAACAUACAAUAUUAUGGCGAGGAAGAACCUCCAAGACCAUAACAAAAUUAAAAAGUUAUAAUAUUUAAUGGCAGGAAUUUGUUGCAGGAAGGGUUGCAAUUGAAGAGACACCCCCCUCCCCCCACACACACACUCAGAGCGAAAUCUUUGGACACGUGCAAAUGGUUGGGUUGGGAAAUCGUUGAGUGGGUCUGCAACAAUCUUUGGAUGUUUAUGCCGAAUCGUUUUUAUUACCCAUCUUCGUUCCAUUUUUAACCUUUUUGCCUGUGAACACUGUUAUAGGCUGCAGAUUCGAAAACUUUUAUUAAUCAUAGUCUAACAUGACAAGUUUCCUUUAACCCUUUCAAUCACAGUGGAUCGCUACGGUCCCACCCUACAAAAAAUCCCCUCAGAGCUCUAAUAUUAAACCAAUUCUAUUGAAAAUGAAUAUGCAGGGGUUUUUAUGGUCGUUGAUUAUGAAUUUGAAGUCAGAUUUUGAAAAUUCGAAAUGUCGGAUCCAAUAUUGCGGACGUGAAAUUCCAAAUACUUAUGUAUUUUUUUAAAACUUUAUAAUCAGGGGUUUUCGGGGUCGCUGAUCACGAAUCCGACAUUCGAUUGUGAAAAUUUGAAACGGUGGAUCCAGUAUGACGGACAUGAAAUUCCAAAAAAAAACAAAAAAGAAACAAUAGUGGAACUAGAUACUCUCCACGUCCUCGUCGUUAGUUUUGGGUAGCGCUCUAAAAAAAAUACAUAAAUAUGAUGCCGUCGGAAAAUUUGACCUUUAUCCCAGGGAAAGAAUUCUUCGAGGAAUAAAUUUCAAUAAUUUUCUACAAUUUUUCAUCCAUCAUCUUGAAUCCGACCUUUUGGAUAUUUCAAAUCUAACGCCGGAAUCGUAACCAGUGACACCGAAAGCCCCUAAAUACAAAAUUUUAGAAAAAUUAAUAAGUAUUUGAAAUUUCACGUCCGUCAUAAUUGAUCCGUCAUUUUGAAUUAACAAAAUUUAAUGCAAGAUUCGUAACCAGCGACCCCGAAAACCUUUGGUUACCGACUUUCAUGAAAAUUGAUCCAGAUGAAAAAUGCACGACUGAAAUAGUUAAUCGAACAGUAUUUUUUUAACUCGAAGUUCGGUCCUGAAUUUGAGGUCACAUUACGAAAUAUUUAACCUGAAACAAACUGUAUGUAAAUUAUAUAUGAAUAUUUAUACAAUUACUUUAGACUUCGAUCUUGAAGUAUUACACGGGACAAAAUAUCGAAUUUCGUUCGUAACAGUGAUGUGAUUAUUUAGGUCGUUGCGAUCAUUUGAUUUUGGAAUAAUAGUCUUCAAAUACAUAAGGAGAACUUGUCCUGUACUACUUUUAUUUUUUGCAUAUCUUAGGUCGAAAAAAUGGAGGGAAGAAACAGCUUGGAGGCUAGAGAGAACUGAGCAAAAGAAAUUUUCGAUUUUCUCGUUACAAUGAACAAAACAUCGUUUAAUUUUUUUUUUUUUUUUCAUCAGUUUACAAAUGCUCUCUCAUUAUUCGUAGUUGUAAUUUGUAUCUUUAGCAUUUUACAUUUUUGUAAAUUAAUUUUUUUAUCAGUUGUUCAAAUCGAAUCGAUACUGAAAUUAUAUCGUUGCUUUCGAAAGCUCCCGUUUGGAACGGGAAUUGCUUUGAAUUUUUCAAAUAUCAGGUACCACGGAGAUUUCGAAUUCGUGAAAAACUCGAGGAUGUCGGGACACGCUCGUUUAUUUGAAAUUGCAAUCGGUUUUGUGUGAUGAAAAAAAUUCUAGAUGGUUCAAAAACAAUUGCUUUUAAUCCACUUAAAUAACGAUUUGCCAAUCACUAAAAUCGUCCGAAUUUAAAUCCUUGGAUACAUUUAAUACUAUUUAGUUUUCUCCGCUGCUACCAAUUUUUCUGAGUGCUUAGAAUUUUCACAGACUCCGAUUAUUGGUGGUUCAAUUUUACGAAGGAACCAAUGUCUCGAAUGAAAAAAAAAAGUAAUUUCAUCCAACCGAGCGAUUCGUGUGAAAAAAUAUUACAAUGCGUGAAAGUUUCUUCUUGGAAAACGUCAAAAGAUAAAUCAUGUCGAAUCGAAUUGUAAAAGUCUUGAGAAACACGCGUUUCAAAGUUCCACGUCCUCAUCACGAAUUCUGAUCGUGUUAUCGAAACGAAUGACAUUUAUGAACUCAGUUAAAUGAUUGCUUAACAAAAGGGUUGUUCCGGGUCGAAAAAAUUAUUUGAUUUUCUUUGCACUCAUGACGUGGAUAUUCCUUUGUUUCAACGACGAAGUGAUAAGGUCAGUCGCAUGAUAAAUAAGAAAUAGGUGAUAAUAAGUGAUGCAGCGUAGGAGACAGGAACGCAAAUGUCCAAAACAUUUCCAAUGUCUCUAGAAAAAACAAAUCGCACGCGUAAAAGUCAUAUCGUUUAUUGAAAAGUAUAUAUAAUAUGAAUACAUAUAAAUUGGAGAAGGGAAUUGCGAGUGCGAAUUUAUCGAAAAGAAUCCAAAUGAACAAUUGCAUAAUGCGCUAGUGAUAAGGAAACGUCAUGUUAUAAAGCUCGUAAGCUCAUAAGAAUUUUGAAAAAGAAAGAAGGAAGACGAUUGUAAAUAAUUUUUAAAAUAAAACAAACUAAAAACGACAACAAAAACAGUUGGAAACAAAGUAAAGAACAAAAAACACGAAAAACAAACAUGAAGAAUAUUUAACUAUUAAGUACAUUUACGAGUCAUCGAGCCCGAAUCAUGUACGAGAGGACAAACAUGUUUGUACAUCAUCGAUGUUAGAAAUAAUAUUUUUUUUUAUAAUUAAAGAGUAUAUGACGCGAGAAAGUUGAAAAAAUAUGAAAAAAAGCGGAAUGGCAUGUGCGUGAAAAUGCGAUAAAGAGUGAAAAUUGGUGUGUGGAAGGGAAAAAGCGAGAGAAAGAGAAAAUAUCUUGUAGAAUAAUAGUAAUAAGACAGUUGAAACGCGUUCAGGCAUACUAAUGUAAUAUGCUUUAAUUUUGCGUAUUUUUUCUCGAAUGUAUUUGACAUUCGAUAACGAAAUUAAACAGUAAACUGCCAUUUUGACAAUUUAUCAAGGGAAAAAAGAAAUCGUAAACAAGCGAGUUUAUGUUUUGCCCUGAUCACUUGGAUUUCAUGAGAUUACUUUAACUUUUUUAAAUUGCGAAUCAAAUGUGAUUUAUGUGAUAAAUGUGAUUAAUUAUUUGAUUCUUGAGUUUCCAGCCUAGCGUCGUUUUAACAUUCCAUGAUAGACAAUUAAUGUUGAGGAUUUUUGCAAAGUCUUUCAACAAGAACUUCGAAGUAGAGGUAAAUUAUUUUCUGACGAGUCAAUAUCCAAGAUUAAAACGUUUUCAGUGAUGAAAAAUGUUCGGAUAAUUAAUUCGGUAUUUCGUUUGUAUUCCAUAUGAUAAUAUUGCGAAAUAUAAGUAAGAGCAAAAAAUUGUAUUUUCUGAGGCACGUAGAAAUCCAUAAUUUCAAAAGUAUCGAGAUAGAAAAUUCAUAAAAAAAUUUUAACAAGUAAUUCGUAUUAAUUGAUUAUUCGUGUUUGAUGAACCUAAUGUUAACGUUUUCUACCAAAUUUCUGUUCACAAAUCGAUGAGACCGCUCACUAUUUAAAAGUAAAAUGCUACAUCAUAUACUGUAUGUAUAUAAUACAAAUUGUAAAAAUGAUAAAAAUCAAAGACAAAUAAAUGAAACAUUUAUCCAUAAAAAAAACAUAAAAAAUGAUUUAUAUUUGUUCUCUUCAUCAAUGAACUUUGUCUUUGCGAAAAUCCUCGAUAAAUCAACUUAUUUUGCAGAGUCUAAGAGAUCUAUAUUCGGAGAAAAAAAGUUGAAAUACGAAAAUUCAACAAUCUCACAUAUCAACAUCAAUAUUUCACGCUUCAAAAAUCUUCAACCGUCACUUUUUCUCGACGAGAGUAACUGAAAUUUAUUGGAAUGAUGAUACCAAGUCUAAUUGAGCUUCAAAAGAUAUUACGCUGAUUCAUUUUUCUGAUGACUGAGAUCGAAAAUACAAAACUCAAGAUACUUGUUUUCGUUUUUUUUGACAGCUCUUCGAAAGAAUUAAUUACGUUAGUGAUAUUACCGGUAGUUGGAAAUGUCCUGUUCUCUUCUAGAACAUGACUGACGCAUGGUUUUCUACCACAAAUAUUACGGGAAAAAUUCUGCAAUAUUGCGACUUGAUGAUAAUCACAAAGAAUUCAGCAAUCUUCAAAGCAUUCCAAACAUUGAUUUCAGUUAUAAAAAUCAUCGUGAACAUGAUCCGUCGAAUACUCAAACUUUUUUUCUCUAAAGACAAAUGAGCUUUGAUUUGAAAUGAGAUUGUAAAAAAAAAACAAUAGAAUUAUACAUGAUUCGGUAAUAAAACUUAAUGGACAGUUUUUUUGGAUACCAGCACAAGAAAAGGGUAAAAAAAAUGUGCAAAAUGUACUGAAAAAAUGUCUGCAUAUUGCAAAGUAAAAUUGAAAAAUUCAUCCGCUAAGGAUUGGGAAAAAAUGGCUGGCACAAUUUUGUAUGAAUUUUGUUCUAGUGAACGAUGACAUUCUUCCAGAAGCUUUUAUGAAAACACAAACAUGUUAUUAUUCGGGUAGUGCGUGAGUGCUCCUCUGGCGUGUUCGUAUGGAUCGUGUGAAUGAGAAGUAACGAAAGUGCAUGUGAUGAACGAAGAAGCUUGAAUCGAAAUGUUUUUCUAGUGUUACUGGAAUAUGAGGAUCACCUGGCAAAAGUGGUUCCUUUGUAAUUAAACGAAAAAGUACGAGAAUGAAAUGGUUUUAUUAUUGACACGAUUGCUAUGUUGCCAUCGAUCGGUAACGAAACAUUUUAAAGGCUCUUUCAACUUUUAACGAUCAUUUUAAUUGUAAAAUAAAUUAACAAAAUGUAAAUAACGAUAGAUAUUAGAAAAUAAAUGAAACAGUCGAUGUA